GUGUCACGUAACAUAUAGUUGUGUCAGCGGUUUAGGAUAACGUACAUGGCAGAUAUAAAGCGUGUCACACACAUACAUACACGUGCACGCCUUCUGUCGCUGAGCACAAACACCCAUUCGGAUAAUCAGCUGAGUGGUUGUUGACAGUCACGCAACGGUCCAGCUUGAGAGAAUGCCAAGCACUGACAUUUCGAACAAAGAAGUCACGAUACGCCUAAGUAAGCGAUAUCGGAGCGUGUCGCGCUGCGGUAUUAGUUAUCAAGAGUUCUUAAUUAUGCCAGUCAAGUAAGUUAGGCCAACAAUAUCGAUAAUCGCACUUGGUGACUGCACUUGGGGACUGCAACGAACGUUAUCAUGAUUAUAUCGUAAGCAAUCGUUCUUCUCUUGGUGAAUAUCUCACGAGACAAUGGAGCAGGUCAGAUUCACAGGAUGGAGGCGUUACGUGCUGAUACAGCCACCUGCAAUGCUGCUGCUGGCUGCUAUGGCGAUGUCAGGCGCGAUUAUGACGGACAUGAUAGUGUACCGUACGUGCACCAUGAUGUUGGGAGUAAAUAAAACUGAAUGCCGAAUAUUGCACGACAACAGCAGCAGCCCGGAGGCGCACAGGAUAGACUUGCUGGUGCAGCCGCACGCAAGCUUAAUCGUGAUGAGCAAGUCCUUCGUCGAGAGUAUUUUCCCCUCGUUACUGGCCCUGUUUCUGGGACCGUGGAGUGACAAGUACGGAAGGAAACCUGUCAUACUCUCUGGAUACAUAGGUACAUGUUUAACUUAUCUUCUGCUCUGCGUAAUGGCUAAUUGGGAGAUCGCAGCUUGGUACUUCUUGCUAGCUUACAUACCUACCGCUCUCCUGGGUGGUAUAGGUGUCCUAAUGCUAGCUUCAUUCUGCUAUAUCACUGAUAUAACGAAUGAGAAUGAACGAGCAUGGCACCUGGCUUGGUUGGAUGCGUCGACGAACGCUGGUCUGCUGAUAGGUUUGUUUUCCGCCCCAGCGAUAUUUGACGCAUAUGGAUAUACCACUGUAUUUGGUGUGGCGACUGUAUUGAGUGCUGUAGCAAUAUUGUACAUAGUGAUCUUUGUUCCGGAAACUAUACAUAGCAACAGUUCCGGUAUCUGCCAGAUAUUUGACUUUGUGCUAGUAAAGGAUCUUAUCAACACGUGUCUUAGGAAGAGAGAUGGAUUCAACAGAUCGAUAGUGUGGAUCUGCAUAGGCAGUCUCACGUUGCUCCUGAUCAUCAUGCAGGGUGAACUCACUAUCGGUUAUCUGUUCGUGAGCGCACGACUCGGCUGGUCCGUCGAGAAGUACUCCAUUUACGUAGGCAUAAAUAUCAUGUUAGGAAUAGUCGGCACGAUAGCUGGCAUCAAAUUGAUGCGAAAAUGCGCAGGUUUGCCGGAAGCGGUGGUUGCUAUAAUAUCUGCCACCUCAUCUUGCAGUGCGGCCUUAGUGAGUGCCUUCACGUGGCAAUCCUGGCAUAUGUAUUUGUCUAUGGUGCUAGGCAUGUUCAACGGCAUGUCUCGACCGAUGAUACGUUCUAUCAUGUCGAAGACAGUACCUGUACAAGACACGGGAAAGAUCUUCUCUGUGGCCACUGGUCUAGAAACACUGUUACCGUUCGCAGCAGCUUCCUUGUAUACUUUUCUUUACUCUCAUUACAUGCCACCUGUGUAUCCUCUGCCAGUGUGGUUCUUAUCAGUUGCAUUUUAUGUUUUAACUAUCGUGUUACUAAUAUGCAUUCAGACACAAAUGAAAAGUAGCAAUAAUGUAGCUUACACGUCAAUUACAGACAACGAUGACGCACUUGAUUCUUGAGUAUAUUAUUAAAGAGUUAGUGUUUUAUUAGACGGAAACAAUCACGAAAA